AUAAAGCCAUUCUCCAAAUUCUUAACAGGCCGUGCAAUGGAACUCUCAAUAAUCCCGGCCGUGUGUACGGUCCUCUUUUUUCUUGUAACUUUCUUCCUUUUCUCCACCGCAAGAACUCGGAGGGACCCCAACUACGGCGGCAAUAGCCAAGGCUCACUUCCGCCGGGUCCGCCGGGACUCCCAUUGGUGGGAAACAUAUUCCAACUCGGCUUCAAUCCUCACCGUUCACUUGCUGUCUUUUCGAAAACAUAUGGACCUAUAAUGAGCUUAAAGCUUGGAAGGUUAACCGCAGUGGUUAUAUCUUCACCAGAAGCAGCUAAAGAGGCACUUAAAACACACGACCAUGUCAUGUCUGCUCGAACCUUUAACGACCCGAUCCGAGCCUUUGACCAUCAUAAACAUUCCGUUGUUUGGAUUCCUGCAUCGGCUCGUUGGAGGUUUCUGAAGAAGAUAGUAGUGCAAAAUUUGUUGUCACCGCAAAACCUAGACGGUAUCCAAUCCAUAAGGAUGAAAAAGGUGGAGGAACUUGUGAGCUUAGUAAACACAUUUUGCGAGAGAGGAGAGGCUAUUGACAUGGCUCGUGCUUCCUUCGUCACAUCUUUCAAUAUAAUCUCGAAUGCUCUAUUUUCUGUUGAUUUGGCCACGUAUAGCUCUAACUCGUCGUCUUUCGAGUUCCACGAAACGGUGGUUCACCUUAUGGAGAUCUGUGGGAAACCCAACGCAGGAGACUUUUUCCGGCUUCUGAGGUUUCUUGAUUUACAAGGAAGCCGAAAAGAGUCAACGCUCUGCAUAGAGAAGCUAUUUAGGGUUUUCCACGAAUUCAUUGAUGAUCGUGUAACCAAAAGAUUGUCUCAGACAGCGGCGUCGAGUAACGAUAUGUUAGAUGCCCUUCUCGAUAUUAAACAGCAAAACCAAGAAGAGAUCACCAUUAAUGAUAUGAAGCACUUGUUUCUCGAUUUGUUUGUUGCUGGCACGGAUACAAACUCUAGUACAAUAGAGUGGGCAAUGACGGAGCUACUCCGUAGCCCGGAUAAAAUGGUCAGAGCUCAGAGUGAGAUACGACAAGUGAUAGGUGAAAACGGUGUCGUUCAAGAAUCUGAUAUUCCAAGGUUACCUUACUUGCUAGCAGUUGUGAAAGAGACUCUUCGUUUGCAUCCUCCAGCUCCUUUGAUCCCUCGAAAAUCUGAGUCUGAUGUCCAAAUCUUUGGUUUCUUCGUUCCAAAGAACUCUCAGGUUCUCGUGAACGUUUGGGCAAUGGGACGAGACUCGAGCGUGUGGGAGAAUCCAAUGAAGUUUGAGCCAGAGAGGUUCUUGUUACGUGAAAUCGAUGUAAGAGGCAAAGAUUUCGAGCUGUUACCAUUUGGAUCCGGAAGAAGGAUGUGUCCGGGAAUCUCAAUGUCAUUGAAGACAAUGCCUGUGGUGCUUGCCUCUCUUCUCUACUCCUUUGACUGGAAACUUCAAGACGGUGUCGUCCCUGGAAACAUGGACAUGAGUGAGGUCUUUGGUCUUAUUUUACAUAAAGCCAAACCUCUCUGCGUUGUACCCAUCAAGAAACCUACAUCAUCGUCUUAGUAUUUUCUAUGUUAUUAUUUUCUUUAUAAUGAGACUUCUUUUUCACUCAUAGUUGCUUGAAAACAUGUGCAAGUGCUUGUGCUACAUGCAUAAAUCGCAAGAGAUUGAAUGAAUGUCGUAUGUACAACAUCUUUCGAACAGAACAGUGUUGGGUGUGAUUUCAUCGUCCUCUAAGGAUUUGUAAAUCUUGUAUGUAGGAGGGUCAUCACAGCCUAUAUGUAAGAGAGCCAAUUACCACAGCAAAUGGGGAGCUAAAUUUUCACCGAAUAAUCAAUUUAUCAGUUGUUGAUUA